AUGGCUCUCCAUGAACAAACUCGUGAUCCCCAUGGUUUUUCCUUCACCAUAGCGGCUGAAAAGGAAGAGCUACUGCGGUCGCUAGAUUUCAACUUCAUUGUUUCCGUAUCUAUUGUGGACCUUAUGAUUUUGAAGGGAUUGCUUAUGUUUGAUUUUCGCGUUCAAUUAAACAUAAUGGUUCCUUAUGUCACGGUAGCAUCCCGCUACUUCGGCGCAGUACCUCACAAAUUCAAGGAAGUCCAACUUUUGUUGAAAACCGGUAAAGCAACUGAAAAACCAAAGGAAAGUGCUGAAAUUCAUGAGGGAGUAGAUGAUGCGAAAGCGAAGAGAGCUGCCCGAGCUGCCAAAAUGCGAGAACAGGCUAUGAUGAAGAUGACUAAGAUGCAAAAGUCUUUCCUCAAAGUAAUGGAGACAGAAAGUCCACUCGUUGCGGAACAGUUGAAAGUUGCUGGAGUUUCGUCCGAGCGUGUUGAUGACGAUGAAGAUUUUGUUAGCAGACAAUCAGACCAUGGUUUCCCAGUUUGCCUUGGGCCACACAGAAGCAUUGUAGAAGUAGUGUUACCUCGCAAAGUCACUUGCAUACUUUGUCAAGAAGAAGAAACUUUAACUCCUAGCAAUGGAAAAGCGUUUGUGUGUGCUGCUUACGUUCAAAAGUAA